CUGUGUGACAUUUCCUCACCCUGACACUAUGCCAGAGCAACAGUUACUAAAGCCUGGAGAGUGGAGCUAUUGUGAUUAUUUCUGGGCUGAUAAGAAAGACCCACAAGGUAACACCACUGUGACUGGAUUCGAAGAUCUCCUUCAGAAACAGCUCAAGGGGAAACAAAUGCAAAAGGAGAUGGCUGAGUUUAUCCGUGAAAGGAUAAAGAUUGAGGAAGAAUAUGCAAAAAACUUAGCAAAGCUGUCUCAAAAUUCCCUUGCAUAUCAGGAAGAAGGAACGUUGGGAGAGGCUUGGACGCAAGUAAAGAAGAGUUUAGCUGACGAAGCUGAGGUGCAUCUCAAAUUUUCUUCAAAGUUACAAAGUGAAGUAGAGAAACCAUUAUUAAAUUUCAGAGAAAACUUCAAAAAGGACAUGAGGAAGUUUGACCACCACAUAGCAGAUUUACGGAAACAACUCGCCAGCCGAUAUGCAUCAGUAGAAAAGGCUAGAAAAGCUUUAGCAGAAAGGCAGAAAGAUCUGGAAGUAAAAACUCAGCAAUUAGAGAUUAAACUCAGCAAUAAAACAGAAGAAGAUAUAAAGAAAGCAAGACGGAAGUCAACGCAAGCAGGGGACGACUUGAUGCGUUGUGUAGAUCUCUACAAUCAAUCACAGUCCAAGUGGUUUGAAGAAAUGGUUACAACGACUCUGGAACUUGAAAGAUUGGAAGUGGAGCGUGUUGAAAUGAUACGUCAGCAUCUAUGUCAGUACACACAGUUAAGACAUGAAACAGACAUGUUUAACCAAAGUACGGUAGAACCAGUGGAUCAGCUUCUUCAGAAAGUGGACCCUGCGAAAGACAGAGAACUGUGGGUGAAGGAACACAAAACAGGAGAUAUCAGACCAGUUGACAUGGACAUAUAGACUUAUUUUUUUCUCUUGUUGCUUUCCUGAAUUUCUAAUUCAGAUUUCAAAUUUGGAUGGAUGUUUAUACAGCCAAGGCAUGGAUAGUGUAAAUAAUUGUAAGAAAAAAAAUGUCAUACAGUGCUGUGUCACCAAAUCAUUAUUUUUUCAUGGGGAUCUGGGAAUGUUAGCUUGCUUUGGGAAAAACCUUAAAUACGUAAAUCAAUAUUACAAUCUAGCUGGGUAAUAUGUAAACACAUUGUACCCAUGUCAGACCAGUCCUGGAAAAGAUAUUGUCUGCCAUUGUUAGUAUUUCAUAAACAAAUACAGAUAACUAUUUUUAUUUUCAAAAACAAGUAAAAAGCAAAUGAAACUGGAGUCUGUCGCUCAGCUGCCCUGUUCUUUGUGGCUGAAUUAGCAAAGUUUUUAAGGUCUAUGUAGAAUUCCUUUACAAAAGAACCUGUUAUCUUGUUAAGAAGCUAAAAUUAAUGUCAUAAUUAUCAGUGUUAACUGUUGAAGCCAUUGCCAAAAAACUAAAACUUCACAAUAGACUAAUAAAGACAGUACACUAUAGUGGACAAAAACAGGUUUUACAAGAAUAAGUACAAAAUGUUGUUUAUUCGCCAAACAAGAAAAAAAUAUUUACAGGGGAAUUAAACAGUAUGAGAUUGUAAUUAAAAGUAUUAAUUAUGUGUAGUUAAACAACUUUGCGGUAUACUUUCACUUUAUUUAUUUUGUCCUCUUUUUUCUGUAAUUUAAGUCUGAAAAUGGUUGGUUUUCUAAAUUAGACUGAGUUUUUUUUAAAUUAAUGGGCACCACCAUGUUUGAACUUAAGCUUUCUAUCUCUCUCUUUUUCCUAAUCUCUCUCUUGCUGAGGAAAAUUUAGGACAGCAAGAGUAGUAUAGAGAAAAUCCCCCCACAAAUGUUUUAUUCCUGUUUAGCCACACCCCAGAACACCUAGACACACCCCUAACCACCAAGUCACGCCCCUGAACCACCCACAGAACACCUGCAACUCCUCCCUCAUCCUGGAAAACUGUUCCCCAUCCCAUGAGACUAAUAGGUAGCUACUGACCUUUUGGAAUUAUACCAUAACCAAGUAAAUUUUUAAACACACUUUAUUAUUUCAACAGCUGGUUUUCAUUUGUUUCACAUAGCUAAAUAUUUCAGCUUGUUGUAACAAAGUAUACAUUAAAAAGUACAACAUGGUGCCUGUAUUCAAUACCCAUUUUUUUUAACCUUUUUGCUUCAGUCUAAUUCCAAAUCCUUGGUAGUUAAUGGAUCAUCAAUUCUGAUAUCUUGUCAUAACCAUUAAUGGUUUAAUAAAGGUGACAGACUAGCCCCUCUGAUUUCAAUAAGAUAUAUGUUUGAAACUUGCCCUGCAAUUUGUCUCAUAAGAGCUUAAUUAAUUAAAUAGUUGUACUAAUGAUAAAUUGGUGUAAAUGAGGGACUGGAAAUACAUUAACAGAUGAAAAUAUGUUUUAUAUUGUCAAUAUGUAUAUGUUUAAAAAAUAUAUGUAAUUGUAUAUAAAGGACUAUCUAUCAAGCUCUGGAUUUCCCCCCAUUGAUAUCUCAACAUGAGAAAGAUAACAUCUGUAUCUUAAUUUAUAGAAUACAGAUAUUUAUUGGAAGAAUCUAACACUUCAGUACAAAUAAAUAGAGCCAAAUUCCCAGUUCAAAACUAUACUCUGCCUAUGCAAUCAUCAAAUAAAAAAAAUUAAAGUAAAAAAAUAACUUUUAUUCACAAAAGUCCAUAAAAGAGUCCCAUGGACUUUUGUGAAUAAACAUUACUUUUUACUUUAAAAAUCCAGUGAGUAUAUAUAUAUAUAUAUAUAUAUAUAUAUAUACUGUAUAUAGGUAUAUGCUCGUUGGCAGACAGGAGUAGCCCUCACACCUUUAUUGCUGAUGUAUGUAUGCUAAAAUGAUUUUAUUUUUUAUGAAGAAAAAAUGUCAUAGCUGUUUAAAUGAAAGGAGCAGUAAUUCCAAACUUUUUCUUUCAUGAUUCAUACAAUUUAAAAAAAAAAUCCAAUUUACUUAUUUUAUUUGAUUUAUUUUACUCUCCUGAUAUAAUUUCUUAAAAAGACAAAGCUAGGUAGACUCAGGAACAGCAAUGCACUACUAGAAGCUAGCUGCUGAUUGGUUGCACAUAUAUGCGUUUUGUCAUUGGCUCACCUAAUGUGUUAAGCUAGCUCCCAAGAGUGCAUACCAAGAGAAUAAAGCAAGUUUAAUGAUAGAAGUAAACUGGAAAGGUGUUUAAAACUGUAUGUGCUAUCUGUAUCAUGAAAGAACAGUUUUUAGCUAAAUGUCCCUUUAAUUUUGAAAAUAUCAGGAAAUGGAUGUUUGUACACAAUUGACACCCAAUAAUUAAUUGUUAACCAUUAAGAAUGUGUUUGGAAUAGGGCACAAUCUUCUGGAACUUUGAAAGUAACAGUGAUUUUAUUCAGGACAGGGAUAUCAGUUAAAAAAUGUAGUAUAUUUAAAAAAUUCCAUUUUUUACACAACAAAGAAAAAACAUUCUCUCAUCCCUUUAAGCUUUAAAGGGACAUAAUACCCAUAUGCUAAAUCACUUGAAAGUGAUGCUACAUAACUGUAAAAAGCUGACAUGAAAAUAUUUCUGUGAACAGUUAGACCUGUUGUAAAGCUGCAAGUUGAGAAAAAAAACAAAAAACAAAACACAAUAGCCAAUCAGCAUCAGCAGUGCUGAACUCAUACAGUGCUUUGCUGUGAUAUCAUGAGAUUUCACAGUAAACUUCCUUAAACUGAAUAGGAAAAUAACAUGACUGUGCCUGCACAUUCUAGAUGCACACUCCCUUGGAAGUCCUGGGACUUAAGUCUCUUUAAAGUGGGUUGUGAAUUCUUAAGAAAUGUUGAGGUAAAUAUUUUCCUUUUUUACAUAGAGAUGUUCAGCUGAUAUUUUCUAGUCAGCUUUUUACAGCUAUGCUGCAUCACUUUCAAGUGCUUCAACAUUUGGCUAUCAUUUAAGGAAGAUCACAGUCCAGACCAUUUUUGAUCUGAUUCUUUCUGUUUUUUUUAAAAUCUUGUUCAAUUAUACUAUAUAUAUAUUUAUACGCAGGAUAGUUAUGUCUGUCCCAAGAAUAUUCACAUCCCUUUACCUUUGUUCAAGAGCUUGAUACAUAGCCCCUGAGUAGAAUUAAUUCAAGAUUGCUUGUUCUUUUUUGUAUAUUGUAAGACAAAAGUAAAUAGCAAAAUAUAUAAAUACUAAUUUAACAAUAUAAACUUGAUUAUACUGAGAACUGAAUUAUUUCAAUUUACGUGUUUAAGUAACUUGUACAAUGUUUAAAUUCCGUGUAAGAGUUUAUUGUGAAAUUUAAGGACUUUAGUUUUAAACAGUUUUGUAUGAAUGAUUGAAAAUUAAUAUUGUGCCAUUCAUUUAAUUCCAAUACACUGGUGAUUUAUAGUUAAAUAUAUAAAUAUGAAAGAGUUAACAUAUUUUUGUUGACAAAGUUUUCCUUUAAAGAGAUUUUGCUGCAGAUUUCAGAAUUUAACUGUUAUGUUUUUUUUAUUUGUUUUUUUGAGAAACAAAAUCCCAACGCAUAAAGCAAUUUGUGAAUUAAAAAUAAAGUUAUUGACUCCAAUGUUACCAAAUAUUUUGUGUCCGAAAAUUCUGAUCCUUUUCACACUUUAGUUUUAUGGAAUGUCCUUUCUGUAUAUUUCUGCUUUUGUUAUUUUUCUUUUAUUAUUCUGAUUUGAUUUGUUUUCUGAAAAUAAUUCUCAGUUUGUUAUUUAUGACAAGCGUAAAAGAAAAACAAUGAUGAUGGUUUUCCUUAAUAGAUGAUGCAAAAGUCAGCAGCAUAACAAGGCACAAUAGGUAAAUCUACAGCCUCAAUGUAAAUACAAUCAGUAUAUACAAUGGGGUAGAUGUAUAAUUGGUUGAGCGGACAUGAUUCACUGUAGCAAAUCAUGUCCACUCGACCUCGCCAAAUGCAGUCAGCAUACACUGUCAGCAUUUAUCAUUGCACAAGCAGCACAUUCGCAGCCAAUUGGCCGCUAGCAGGGGGUGUCAAUCAUCCCGAUCGGUGGCUGAGAAGUUAAGGAGCAGUGGUCUUACGACCAUUGCUUCUUAACUUUCAUUUCAGACGAGGCUGAAACUUCGGGCGAAGAAAGCAGCAUCUGCUGAUUGAUAGAUCUACACCAUUAUAUCUAUCAACCAAUCAUAUUCUCUGUUAACUCUUGCACAUACUCAGUAGGAGGUGGCAUCUCAGUAAGUGUGUAUUAAAAGACUAUGCACAAUUUGAUAAUGGAAGUAAAACCGUAUGUUCUAUCUGUAUCAUGAAGAAUUAAUUUGGUAUUGGCGCCUCUCUAAUUGUUCCAAUAAUUGCACAUCAAACGAGAAGCGCUAUAAUUGCAGAAAAACAAUAAUUACAACAAAUGUGUUUUGUAGAUGUGUGUAAUUAUUAAUAAUUUGCAUGUCUGUUUAGAUAUGGUAAAGUCAUCUUGCUGGAUAGAAGGAAUUUCUCUCUGCGAUCUCGCACAAGUUAAUAAGGGACUAACCUUCGGUGUUUCAGUUAGAUCUGGGGCACUAUGGCGGUGUUCUCAACGUUGUCAUCUGAGCCUUGUUCAAACAUGUGGAAUUCCUAAUGACGCUGUUGCCACUAGGCAUGGGCAAUCAGCAGUUUCGUAAGCUGCUGAAUGCGGAAAAAGGUGGCCACUUGUGUCAUUUGGUUCUUUUCAGAGCUGGAUUUCUUUUAGUGAAAUUACAACAGAUUAAGACCUGUACAAAUCCAGGUUUUAAUGUGUUGCCCUUUAACACGCAGAAAUCCGUCUCCGAAAAAAGACACAUUCUGUGAGUCUCCGCCUUUUUCCGCAUUUGGCAGCUAAUGAAACUACUGAAUGCACAUGACUGCCACUUUAAAGUAUCUAAUUUUGAAGUCGAAUCUCAUUAUUUCAAAGCUGAAAUUUUUUUAAUUUUAUUUUGCAAUUUUAAAAAAAAAAAUCUUUUAUUUCUCUGCAAUUUUUUUUAUAUGUUAAAGUUGACAGCUCUAUUUAUUUGAAUUUUUUUUUAGUUUGUUUUGUAAUGUUUUUAGAACAUUUUUGUGACACCUGUGUCCUCGACAUUGGAUGAGAAGUUAAAGGGACAGGGAACCCAUUUUCUUUCAUGAUUUGGAAAGAACAUACAAUUUUAAACAACUUUCCAAUUUACUUUUUUAUAAUCUUAUUUGCUUUGUUCUUUUUAUAUAAUUUGUUGAGAAACAAACCAAGGUAGGCUCAGGAGCUUAUAGCUAGCUGCUGAUUGGUGGCUGCACAUAUAUGCAACUUAUAAUUGGCUUACAAAUGUGUUUGGGUACCUUCCAGUAGUGUAUUGCUGCUCCUUCAAUAAAGGAUACAAAAAGAAUGAAGCAAAAUUGAUAGUAGAAGUAAAUUAGAACGUUGUUAGAAAGUGUAUGCUCUAUCUGAAUCAUGAAGGAAAAUGUUUGGGUUUUAUCUCCAUUUAAUUGCUGUGCUGAACUCGUCACUUGCAGCUCAGAUAAGGGGCAAGUACAUAUUUUUAUUAAUUACCCAAUUUUUUACAAACAAAUUUGACUAAAUCUUUUUCAUUGACAAAGAUCAUAUACCCCACUAAAAAAUAUAAAAAAGUUAGUGGGUACUGGUUAAAUUCUCACAAUAAUAUUUUAUAAUAACUUUACUGUAGCAAACUGUUUUUGCUGAUGUAUCUAAGGAAAAAGAUUAAACUAUUAAAUAUUAAUCUACAAUUUAGUACUUCAGUCAGCCAUUGUUGUGUAAUGCUUGUUUUGAAAAUAAAAUCUUUAUAAAAGACCCUUCAGGCAGAUUUGUACAUUUACACUGUAAAAACAUAAUAUCAAUUGUAUCUGUAAAUAAAAUUCAUUUGAAUGUU